CUGCGCACUGGGGUCCCAGCGCCUGCGGCGACUGCCCUCUCGGCUUCUCUGAAGAUGGCGGAGCGCGCCGGUGGUGGCACAUCCCUGAGGGGUCUCCGGGAACGGAUGGUUGCUGCUGCUAACGCCAUUGCUGAAGAAAGACGGAGUCAGGGUAGCUUUAGCGCUCUUCCAUCACAGCCCUCAAAUAUAAAAUCAGCGUUUAAACCAGUAAUAGAUGGAUCUGUGCUAAAAAAUGAUGUGAAGCAAAGAUUAGCAAAGGAGCGCAGAGAGGAGAAAAAAAGACAAGAUGAUGCUAAUAAAGAGACACAACUACUUGAAAAAGAAAGAAAGUCUAAGAUCCUAUACGAAAAACAGAUGGAAGAAAAGCAGCGAAAACUGAGGGAACAGAAAGAAAAGGAUGAACAACGGAGAAUAUCUGCAGAAAAAAAGAGGAACGAAAAGUUACAGGAAGAAAGGGAGAGAUUCAAAGCUGUCCUUCAUCGUACACUGGAACGGAGCAGCCGUAUUGAUCAUCAAAAAAGAUGGUCAUGGGAAGGCUCUACAACAGUAAACUCUCAGAAUAAAACUGCCAACAGACAUUCUGUAUCUACUGAAAAGCUUGAACAGGGGACUUCUGGAUUACAUAAACAGAUGUCAUCUGCAAGUCCUCAGAAUUCUGUUGCCAAGAAAACAACAGAAAAGAGGAGAAGCUCAUCUCUGAAUAGAAGAUGUAGCAAACUGCAUUCAUCUACAGAACAAGUGGAAGAAAAAACACCUGGCAUCCACAAUAUGUUCCAGUAUGUAAACAUGCCCCUGCUUAAGCACAGCAGUGGUGAAUUGAAGAGUACCAUGGUGCCUCACAAGGCAGCGGUGGUAAUACCUCCCCAGGAGAAAGUAGACACACCCUCCAAGACAAGCGUGGAAGCGGCCCCCAAGGCGAGUGUGCAAGUGCCCCCGGAGGUGAGCGUGGAAGCACCCCCCGAGGCAAGCUUGGAUGAAGUAUCUCCCGAGGUGAGCGUGGAAGCACCCCCCGAGGCAAGCUUGGAAGUAUCCCCCGAGGUGAGCGUGGAAGGGCCCCCCCGGAUGAGCGUGGAAGCACCCCCCGAGGCGAGCUUGGAAGUACCCCCUGAGGUGAGCAUGGAAGCACCCCCCGAGGCGAGUGCAGGAACACCCCCCAAGAGCGUGGAAACAUCACCUGAGGCAAGUGAGGAUCUGUCCCUUGAGGCAAGUGUGGAUCCGUCCCCAGAGGUGAGCAUGGACUCAUCCCCAGAGGUGAGCGUGGACUCGUCCCCAGAGGUGAGCACGGAAGCAUCUCCUGAGGCGAGCGUGGAAGCAUCUCCUGAGGCGAGCGCGGAAGCAUCUCCUGAGGCGAGCGUGGAAGCAUCUCCUGAGGCGAGCGUGGAAGCAUCCCCAGAGGAGAGCACAGAAGUGCCCUCUGAGGCAAGUAUGGAGGCGCCCCCUGAGGCCUCCCCUGAGGUGACCAUGGGAAUGUCUUCCAAGGUGAAAAUGAAAGACUCUCCACAGAAAUCAGAAACGGACAAACAGGCCUCAAACCCGAUUACGAAGAAGCGCCUACCACCAUCACAGAUACCGUGUUAUAGAUGGUCAUCUUCUCCUACAAGCAGGUGGCGUCCUCCAUCUCCCAUCAGUGCUAGGCAAAUCCAAAAGAAUCGCCCCCCGUCACCUUCACCCGUCACGUCAAAACAGUCGACACAGUUUUCUUUUUCCUGUAGAGUAAUUCCUAUGCAGCGUACCGUAUUUGCACAAAAUGCAUUAGGUACUAUUGGAAUGAAAAGUGAAGCCAUCUCUAACACCAUUAACAGCUCUGAGGCUGCAAGCCAAAAGGAUAUGAUCUGUGAAGAGUCUGGUAAUAAAAGCACACCAGGGCCUAUGAAUGCCGAGGAGGCAACAAAAAUUUUGGCAGAGAAACGACGCCUUGCUCGUGAACAAAAAGAAAAAGAGGAAGAAAGACUACAAAAAGAGAUGGAACAAAGGAAAAUGAAAGACAUAGCAAAGAAAGCCGAUGAAGGCCAACAAGAGGAGUUCUCAAAAUUUGGAGAUGGGCAACCACCAAAGGAGAUAAAGAAGAAAGGAAGUCAAGAACAAGAAGACCAAAAAGUAGAACUCCAGAAAAGUGAUGCGAAAAUAAAAGCUCAGGAGGAGGCUGACAAACGCAAGAGGGAGCACGAGAGAAUUAUGUUACAGAAUUUGCAGGAGAGAUUAGAAAGAAAAAAGAGAAUUGAGGAAAUUAUGAAGCGGACAAGAAGGCCAGAUUCAAGUACCUCAAAGGCUACAGAGACAUUCAGCAAUGAUGCAUAUGAGGAGGACGAGGCAGACGAUGAGGACGAGUCAGAAAGUGACAGCGAUUCCUUUGAUGACAUGCAUCCAUCAGCUUUUAUAAAUGGCAUGGAGUCAUCCACAAAACCAAAAACACAUUUUAAAAAUGUGAAGAACACUCGCAAGCUGGUGUUUUUAGAUGCGACUUCUAGCUACAUCCGUAAAGAGACAAAAACACUUUUAAAUUGUGACAUGAAAACCUUCAGACAAAAAAGAGUGAAAGACCCUUUGAAUCAGACAAAGAGUGCCAGAUCCUCCACCAAAAGAACAGCCAACCGAGCAGCCAAAACCGGAAAGGCAGAAACCAGCAACACCGUGGGACCUUCCAAGAGCUUACAUUCAGAGGCACAGGAUUGGGUCUGUGACAAGAUUAUUGACAUCACAAGCGAGAUAGAACCACCUAAGUCCAGUAUCCCUCCUGAUAGCCAAAAACACCAUCUGAAAGGUCCCGUGACAUCCUGCCUAAGUCACCAGCCUCCUAUAGACAACAAGAAAACAAGCAGAUCUGUUUCUGCUCGAUCAGAUAUGUAAACCUCAUCCAGCCUGGAAGAGAAUCCAUUCUCCACUCUGGUAAAAAUCACGUCUCUCGUUCUUGUGUUUUCCUGCCAACACGUUUGAGUCUGUAUGAAGGGUGUCUUUAUAAAAUGCUAACUCUUGAGUUUCUGAGAGAAUCUCUACCGGAGGAAUAGUUUUUUCUCAGUAUAUAUUUGAAAUCCGAAAAUCGUGUUUACUCCACUUAACAAUUACUUUAAUGUACCAAUUAAAAUCUCACAUUCGAUCUUGUAGAGAGCAUGAUGGCUUAUUUGAGGGCCUCAAGAUUCCUCACAGGAGCUUUGUUUGGAUUGUUCUUAAUACACAAAUACAGAAGGUUGCAAAAUAUUAAAUCACAUUUUACCACUGUGUAGGUAUAUUUCUAACUCGGCCGUAGUCUGCCAGCCCCAUACAAAGGCACUGAUACCCCCAAAUACUGCGAGCCCUAGAAGGUGUGGUCUUUAGCAUCUUCCCUGCUUUUGUCGGUGUUUCAUUUUGAAGUACAUACUGCCGUUUAUCUAUAAAAACGUUAUUAUUUUUAUUGUGUACAUAAGGCCGUAUUUGGCUGUUGUCUGAUGGGGUAGGUUUAAUUCCUCUAAAUGUUUAGUGUGUAUAAUCU